GUAACGCAUAUCUGUCAACUGUCUCGCCGUCAGCAGUGUUGUUUUUGCUCCGCUGUUUGUUGUGCGCUUGUUGUCGGUUCUCGCUAGAUUGGAAUAAAACAUAAUUUUGUUUCAAAAUGGAUAAUCUACCGCUUCAACAAGGAGAUCGUGAAAAAUCGGAAAAGGUUAAAAUAGCCAAUCAAGUGAAGCACAUCCCCAAAGAUGCACAAGUGAUUAUGUCCAUCCUCAAGGAGUUGGGAGUAAGCGAUUAUGAACCGAGAGUUAUCAAUCAACUUCUGGAGUUUACUUACAGAUACGUUACCUGUAUUUUGGACGAUGCUAAAGUAUUCGCAAACCACGCCCGGAAGAAGGUCAUUGAGUUGGACGACGUGAAGCUGGCCACACAGAUGAUCCUGGAUAAAGCUUUCACCAGUCCACCUCCGCGGGACGUUCUCUUGGAAAUCGCUCGUAAUCGCAACAACAUCCCACUGCCGUUGAUCAAAACUCAUUGCGGGCUCCGCUUGCCGCCUGAUCGUUACUGUCUAUCGGCCUGCAACUACAAACUUCGAGCUGUUCAGCAGUCGAAGAAGAUGAAUAAGUCUGCAAUCGAACAGCGGUCCACAUUGAAAACUACACUGGGCAAGGGGGCCUCUGCAUCGGUGACAACCGGUGUGAAACGUCCUGCUGUGCAAUCAACUCCCAAAACUCAAGUGGUGACGAUUCCUAAGCCUGUGUUCAAAUUCACCUCGACGGCUACCAAAACCGUUUCGACAAAAACCGUUAAGACCAGCAAUCCCAUUGGGGAAGGACCGAAUGGUAUAGAAAUCAAAACGGAAGUGGUGGAUGAUCCUCUGGCAUUUGGCACGAGCGAUAGCGAAGUUGGUAGCAUGAAGCGGAAACGUGAAGAGGAUGAUUUUGAAAUCGUUCAGUAGAAUGUGAGUAUAUAAUUUACAUAAAACUCAAUUGUGGGUUCAAUAUUUUAGUCUCCUAAAUAUUUCUAUGAUUUAAUCCAUUAUGAAGACUAAUAAAGCUAAAAUUCUUAAAAUUA